ACAUCCUGACACCUAAUAAUUACUAACUGGCCGCACCACUGCUUCAUCACUUAUGUUUCUGUUUCGUACACCCUUUUUGCCAGCCAAUCUGAACUAUUUGCAGUAACACAAGUGUGCCUUCCUCUCUAAAUUCUAGACUAGUUACAAUUUACCCAUUUAUUCACACAUUCAUUCAUUUUUCUUGGAAUUACCACUAUCUAACCCUGUGGUUGAUACUAGGCAGGUUCUCUGAAUGAAUAAAUGCAAACGAACUUAGAAGUGCAGCUCAAGAGGUAAUAAAUACCCAAGGAAUUGACCAAUAUAAGGAACUGCAUACAAGAACAGUUUUUCCCCAGGCACAAGUAAACAAGUGCAAGUAUGAGGCAAACAGACGUCCUUCUCUUGCUCUGCCCGGUCUGGGAACCAUAUUUUAAUUAAUCAAGACUUUGUAGAAUGAAUCGGAACAAAACCAAAACAAAAUGAAAGGCAAACAAACCAACUUCUGAGAAAGAACUGACUGAAAAGGUGAUCAACUCCUCUAAACCCCAAGUCUAAAUGGCACACUUGCUGCAGCUCAGCCUACAGUCCCCCGGCUCCCUGACCUGAAGCCCCGCCCGGGGGAAAGCGGGGCCUGCGGGAUUGGCGCGGAUUUCCCGAGAGACCACGCCCUCUCUGGGCGGGCCGUGGGCGGGCCUUAGGCCCGCCUGCUGCCCCCCGCCCCCCGCCGCCCCCGUUUCCUAGGAGAUGAAACACACAAGACGGCGGAGCUUCACAAGAGAGCGAACGAGGGUGUUUAUAAGAAUGGAAGUGCUGUUUCCUUGCCAGAUUCCUUCAUGCUAUAUCUCAUGAACCUCUGUAAUCUUGGGGAAGAGCCUAUAUUUAAUGAUGACAAACCUGCCACCAGUGUAGCAACAACAGUGUGAGGACAAAAACAAAUAAAAAUUAAGAAGCAUUCAAAUUUAUAUUCAACAAGGAAGUCAUUUAAAUCAACAACUUCUGCUGCAUUAUUUUUCCAAGAUGAACCGAUACACAACCAUGAGACAGUUGGGGGACGGCACGUAUGGGAGUGUGCUUAUGGGCAAGAGUAAUGAAUCCGGGGAGCUGGUGGCCAUCAAAAGGAUGAAGAGAAAGUUCUAUUCUUGGGAUGAAUGCAUGAACUUGAGAGAAGUUAAGUCUCUGAAGAAACUUAAUCAUGCCAAUGUUAUUAAAUUGAAAGAAGUUAUCAGAGAAAAUGACCAUCUUUAUUUUAUAUUUGAAUAUAUGAAAGAAAACCUCUAUCAAUUAAUGAAAGACAGAAACAAGUUGUUCCCUGAGUCAGUCAUCAGAAAUAUUAUGUAUCAAAUAUUGCAAGGGCUGGCUUUUAUCCAUAAACAUGGCUUUUUUCAUAGGGACAUGAAACCAGAAAACUUGCUUUGUAUGGGUCCAGAGCUUGUGAAAAUUGCUGAUUUUGGACUUGCAAGAGAAUUAAGGUCGCAGCCACCAUACACUGAUUAUGUCUCUACCAGAUGGUAUCGUGCCCCUGAAGUUUUACUGAGAUCUUCAGUGUAUAGUUCUCCCAUUGAUGUGUGGGCUGUUGGAAGUAUCAUGGCUGAACUCUAUAUGUUAAGGCCACUUUUCCCAGGGACAAGUGAGGUCGAUGAAAUCUUUAAAAUUUGCCAAGUUUUAGGGACUCCCAAAAAAAGUGACUGGCCAGAAGGAUACCAGCUGGCAUCCUCUAUGAACUUCCGUUUUCCCCAGUGUGUUCCUAUAAACUUAAAAACUCUUAUUCCCAAUGCCAGUAAUGAAGCUAUUCAGCUCAUGACCGAAAUGUUGAAUUGGGAUCCAAAGAAACGACCAACGGCAAGCCAGGCAUUGAAACACCCAUAUUUUCAAGUUGGUCAGGUAUUAGGCCCUUCCUCAAAUCCUCUGGAAUCAAAACAGUCUUUAAAUAAGCAGCUGCAACCAUUAGAAUCAAAGCCAUCUUUAGUUGAGGUAGAGCCUAAGCCUCUGCCGGAUAUAAUUGAUCAGGCUAUUGGAGAACCCCAGCCAAAAACUAGCCAGCAGCCACUGCAGCCCAUUCAGCCGCCACAGAACCUGAGCGUCCAGCAACCUUCAAAGCAACAGAGUCAGGAGAAACCGCCACAAACGCUAUUCCCGAGCAUCAUCAAAAACAUGCCAACUAAGCCAAAUGGCACACUGAGUCAUAAAAGUGGUAGGAGGCGUUGGGGUCAGACUAUCUUCAAGUCUGGAGAUAGCUGGGAAGAGUUGGAGGACUAUGAUUUCGGAGCCUCCCAUUCCAAGAAGCCAAGCAUGGGUGUUUUUAAAGAAAAAAGGAAAAAAGAUUCUCCAUUUCGGCUUCCAGAGCCAGUACCCUCAGGCUCCAACCACUCGACAGGGGAAAACAAGAGCUUACCUGCUGUUAUUUCCCUAAAAUCUGAUUCCGAAUUGUCAACUGCUCCAACCUCUAAACAGUACUACUUGAAACAAUCAAGAUAUCUUCCAGGUAUGGUCAUUUAUAACUUUCUAAACACGAGUGGGCCACUGUGUUUAUCUGAGGAAGAUUUGCUUUCACAUCUAAGCCUCCUGAAGCAAGACACAGUCUCCAUUUCCCAGAAGCUUGUUUGGGAAGAUGGGGCACGGUAAACAAGAGAAAAGGUUGAGACUGGAUUGCCAGCAAAAGAUGGAUCUGUAACACACUUCCCUGUGUACCUUUUAGGCAAACAUAGAAAUUUCAGCUCUAAGAAUCCAGCUGGGGCUGGGCACAGUGGCUCACACCUGUAAUCCCAGCACUUUGGGAGGCCGAGGCAGGCGGAUCACCUGAGUUCAGGAGUUUGAGACCAGCCUGACCAACAUGGUGAAACCCCGUCUCUACUAAAAAUACAAAAAUUAGCCGGACGUGGUGGUGGGCACCUGUAAUCCCAGCUACUCGGGAGGCUGAGGCAGGAGAAUUGCUUGAACCUGGGAGGCAGAGGUUGCAGUGAGCCGAGAUGGCGCCGCUGCACUCCAGCAUGGGCGACAGAGCAAGACUGUGUCCAAAAAAAAAAAAAAAAAAAAAAAAGAAUCCAGUUGGGACCCUCUCUUGCUGUUAGUAAUUGGGGAAAAGAAAAAAAAUGAAACCAAGUAGAGGGUUUAGAAAUGAAUGGGAUAGAAAACAGAAGGUAUAGUGGGUGUAUAGGUUUAGCCACAGGUGUUGAAUAAGUUGAUAUAAACUUACAGGGGGUGAAUUGAGGCUUUAGGACUGCAGUCCUGUGCUGAUUUGUAAGGAGGAAGACAAGUAUUU